UUGACGAUAAAACAGAUUUGUUAUUUAGGUAAACGUCACGGUGAAUUAUUAAUUCAACCAUUGGCACCGGUAUAUGCAAUAAUAUAUGAGGACUCAUUGGGACAACUGACUGAUCAAAUUGCUCAAGAAAUUUGUGUCAAUUAUGGAUCAACAUUACAAUUUUUUAUUCAAAAAAAUUUGGAAAGAAGUUAUCGGUCAAAAAAAUUUUAUGAACGAGCCGAUAUUCCAGCAGUUGGAGUACUGAGUGGAUGCACAAAUUUAAAAUUAUUUGCACUUCGAGAACGUAUCUCGUACGGUACUGCGUUACUGUUGGCAUUGAUAGCCAAAUCUCAGAAUACUACGUUGUGUUUAAGACGAAAUGCUAUUUUGAAAAGAAUGAAUUGGUCUGAAUCGUUGGUGAACAGUAAAGUCGGCGAAAAAAUUGUUGACUAUAAUUGGCUACGAAUACAGUGUAAAAAUUACGGUGAUUUGGAAAAUACAAUGUCUACACUAACAAAUUCAACUGCCACUGUCGUUAACGAUAACAGAUAUUUAUUUUUGUUUCGAUAA